CUCUCUCUCUCUCUUUCUCUCUCACAUUUUCUUUUGGACAUUCUUCUCUGAACCCCCUCAUUAAAUUUCCAAACAAAGCUCUGUGUUGUUGCUCCUCUCUUUUCCCCACUAAGGGGAGGUUCCAUCAAUUUCUUUUUUUGGGACCCAAUUGAUCAAACAAUGAAGACAUAAGGGAAACCACCCCAUAUCUCAUCUUCUUUUUCAUUACCUCUUCUUACCCAUACAUCUGCAUGUUCUGAAGGAGCUCCUCUUUAAUCCACCCAGAUCCCCGCAUUUAAUUCCCUUACUACAAAUAUACCAUCACACCAUAACCUAUUACUACAUCAUCUCCCUUGUAAGAAUUUCCCCUUCAAACAUGUCCCUCACAUCUUGUUUCCUUGUUUUCCUUCUAUGUCUUUCCCUGCAUGCAUGUACUGCUCGUCGCCUUGGUGCAGUUCAUAUCCAGAACAAUAUGCCUCAAAAUAAACUUCACACCUCAACCAAGGUUGAAGUUGAUGGGGUGAAGUUUAAGACAGGUGAGAAGGAGAAAGACAGAACUGGACCAGGUGCAAUUCAGACAAAUAACAAGCAUGGUGUUUCAGUGUCUUGGAAGGUGCCUCAUAGGAAACAUGGGGAGAAACUAUCUGGUUUUAUUAACCUGGAUUACUCACCACCAAAGACACAUCCUCCUUCACACAACUGAGAUUAUCAAACAAUGGGAUCCCUUUUUUUUGGUCCGAUGAAGCAACAAUGCAAAGAUAUAGAGAUUCGAAAUCAUGUUAGGGUUGAAAUAAUGUUCAACAUUUCACCAUAGCUGCAUAUAUAGCCAUUACAAAUGAGUUUACAAGCCCCUUUUUUCCCUCCCUUCUAAGAUUUAAUGUACAUUGAUCAAGGAUCAUAUAUAUAUUU